UACUAUCGUGUCAUGUGAUUCAUUCUGCGUGCUCUGCGUUGCGAUAUAGUGGAGCUAACGGAUAUUGAUUGGACGCGGGCAGGCAACGCAAGACAUCCGCACGGCCACAGCCUCCCUCACCAAAUCCUUCCAUUUGGUCCUCAAAGCCCUCCCUGCGAAACUCAAGAUUGAGUUUUACACACGGCGGCUGUUGGGCGAUGUCGUUGGUGGGACGAACGAGGAGGGUGAUGGGGGUGAUGUGGUUGAGUCGAAGAUGGUUUUGUGGAUGUAUAGGGCGGUGGAGUUGGGUGUGCCGUUCAUCAAGGACGAAAAUCGGUAUGGGUUUUGUGGCUUCGUUUGGCGUUUUCGUUGUGUUGUGUGACCGCACCUUUCAUGUCAAUCGAAUUGACCCCGUUUCUGCUCACACAUGUUGUGUUUUAACAGCGACGUCCGCCGCACCCUCGCCCCCACCGUCUCCCACCUCAUAACCCUCAUCUCAACCUUCCUCGACCGCGCCCCGACGAUCGCGCGCAAACGCGACGAAAGCUCCGUUGUGAAUCGAUUACGGAAGGUGUAUAAAAACAGGUUGGAGAGGGGUGGGGGUGUGUUUGCGAGGACCGGGCCGAGGAGGGAGGGUAGUGGAAGGGAAGCGGGGCGAGUACACCCUGUGAGACGCGUGAGUGCGGCUGUGGGGAGUCCGGUUCGGAGGACUAGGCCGGAGUGGCCUCUGCCUGUGCCGGGGGCGGUCACGGAUGGGGUUGACAGGGAUCGGGAGGAGAAGGCUGAGGAGAGGGGACCUGAGUCGCCGUCUUCAGCUCCACGGUCGGCUAACGAGGAGGACGGGCUUCCAUCACCGCCACCACCGCCACCACCGGCAAAAGGAGCGGCGGCGCCUGAGGUUCCACCCAAAACGGAGCAGACGGCACCGGAAACGGUCGCUGAUGGACAUGGUAACAACGUCAAUGGUGGACAUACGGCACCGGCACCGGCCCACGGCGAAGAUGGGUGGGACGAAGACUGGGGGAGUGAUGAGGAAGAUGGCCCCGACGCCGUGCAGCAAACUGGCGAGCAGCCUGUCGACACCACAUCCAAAGUGGAGUCCUUUGCCCCGGCCCCAACAGAGGCGCCAACAACCCCAUCCGUGGAUGACAGCACCGUCAUCGCGGCCCCAACACCACCACCACCCCAAGGCCGGGGCAUGAAACUCGGCAAGAGAAAAGACGACGCGACCCCGCCUUCUACACCGCCCGCCACAGAAUCCGCAUCCAACGCUGCGGUACCCGCUACGCCAUCAACCUCUGCACAACCCACCAAUCAGAACCAUCCACUUCAUCCGUCGGCCCUACCACCACAUCAGCAGCCCCACCACCUACAACAACAACAACACUGGAAGAGCAACAACCAGAAGAAGAAGAAGACUACUUCGCUGACAUGACACCCCACCUCCCCCCGCCCACCGUCCCGCUACUGUCCAUGGCGUCGACCACGUCUGUGGGGCGGGGAACUGGGACUGACGGGCCGGGGAGCGCGGGUGCGAGUAGGGUGGCGAUGGAGAGUGUGGAUAUCGAGGUAUGUGGGCGGUUGGGGGCACGAUGAAGUCUGACAUUGGGCGGCUUGUUUAUGGUUUUUUCUCGUUUUGUUUUGAAGGAGUUGGAGGGGUGGGGGGAUGAGAUUGGGUGAGGCGCUGGG